AGUACCGAAAAUAGCCAUAGUCUGGUCUCCUGUUGUUGUCCUCGAUAUAGAAACUAGUGACACAUAGCGGGUUUGUUCAGCUCGUUUUGUUACAGGAACCAUGUCAAGAGUGAAGACACUGACAGACAUGGGUGAUGGCUCUGUAAGUAAUCAUGCUCCUACAUCACCUGAUCCUACUAAGUUUCUAAAUAGUCCAAUAUCUUUAGAUUUUGACCCUUUACGCUUUGAAUUCAAGGAAGACAAUUUUGAAAGCUUCACCACCAGUGGAACUGCAGGUGAUGAGGCAAAACAGGAGGUUCAAAAAUAUGACAUAGAUCAGUCCACUUUAAAAGAUCAUGAUCAACAUGGUCUGAACACACAAAAUACACUAACUGAAACUCACAAUAGGUCACAAUUUUCAGUUACUAAGUCCAAAGAGAAUUCAUCACUUAAAAACAGAAAUGAAUGUGAUUCAUCAAGUGAUGAACAGCAAUUCUCCACUUCUGGAUCAGGUUCAGAAUCUGACAUAGACUCUCCAGACUUACAUUCAAAUGUGACUAAAACUAAACAUUUUCAAAAAGAGUCAAUAACUAAAAAGUAUCCUGAAGACUGGCUUACCACUCAAAGAACAGAAGAGAUGAUUCAGUGUGCAGACUUUGAUAAUAAAGAUGUCAAGUCACUUACAGGAACUAUGAUAACCACUUACACUGAGCCAGAUGAUUCUUUAGUCAAUACUAUCUUAAGAACUACCACAAAAACCACCACUUGCAUGGUUGAAGAUGGCUCAUAUGUACAGGAUGCUGAAAAAGAUUUGCCUACACAUAAUAACAUUGAUAGCAAAGAACACAGAGUAUUAAACUUACUUGAAAAUUGUCUUAGUGAUGACCAGAACACAUCAGUAGGUCUGUAUAAUGAAUCAUGUCCACAAGAAUACAAAAUAAUGACAUUAACAGAAGAUUUAAUACUUGAUAAGCAUAAUUUUGAACAUGCAAGCAAUACAAUUGACAAAUCUUUAACAAAUGAAACAGAGAAAAAAGACUAUAACCUAUAUUCAGAAACAGAUAUUGAGUAUGAUGUAACUCCAAGAGAAGCAGAAAUUGAGCAUAAUAAAACCCCAAAAGAAGUAGAGUUAGAUGAUGAUGUGACACUAAGAAAAGUAGAGACUGAGCAUGAUGUGACCCCAAAAGAAGUAGAGAUUGAACAUAAUAUAGUCUCAGAAGUAGAGACUGAGCAAAAUAUGACCCCAAAAGACUUAGAAUUAGAUGAUGAUGUUACACCAAGGACAAUAAAGAUUGAACAUGAUGUGAUCCCAAAAGAAGUAGAGUUAAACUAUGAUGUGACACCGAGAGAAGUAGAGAUUAUGCAUGAUGUGGUUCUAAGAGAUAUCAUGAUAGAAAAUGAUGUAUCCCCAGAUAAUGGGAAAACAGAAUACAGUGUAAUCUCAGAUGAAAUAGAGACUGAUCAUGCUGAGAUGUCAAAACAUACAGAGAUCAUAGAAGGAAAGAAACUUUGUUCUAAUAAUAUCCAAGAUGAGAAAAUUGUAAAAUCUAACAACAUUCCCAACCUGAAGCAUGAAGAUAGAGUAUCCAAGGAGCAUGAUGUAGUGCAUGGAGAGCAUGUGAAGUCAGGUUCCCCUGUCUCUGAUGUAAGUGUGUCUAUGUAG